CACAGGUGAGUCACGCCCCGCCCGGGCCCUUCCUGUGGGCCUGAGUCAGGGAGAAGAGGCCAUAAAACGUCGCGAGCUGGGCCCAGGACGCACAGCCGUGGCGGCGCGCAGUGGCUCCCGCGCCGGGCACCCACCCUGGCCAUGCCCGCGGCCCCCUGGCACCCACGUCGCCCGUGCCUGGCGCCGCCGCCGCCGCUGCUGCUGCUGCUGCUGCUCCUUCUACCCGCGGCCAGGGCCACCUCCAGGAGUCCAGCCUGCGAGUGCAACGGCAAGUCCCGGCAGUGCGUGUUCGACGUGCAGCUGCAGCGGCGGACGGGGGACGGGCUCCGCUGCGUCAACUGCGCGGACGACACGGCCGGGCGCCGCUGCGAGCGCUGCAGGGACGGCUUCCACCGGCCGCGGGACCACGCGCGCUGCCGGCCGUGCGCCUGCCACGCCCAAGGCGCCCUGAGUGUGCAGUGUGACAGCCUGGGGCGGUGCCGCUGCAAACCCGGGGUGGCAGGGAACAAGUGCGACCUGUGCCUGCCUGGCUUCCACACGCUCACCGAGGCGGGCUGCUCCCGGGACCAGAGGCCGCAAGACCCCAAGUGCGACUGUGACCCAGCGGGCACCGCGGGGCCCUGUGAGUCGGGCCGCUGCGUCUGCAAGCCGACGGUCACCGGGCAGCGCUGUGACAGGUGUCGCCCUGGCUACUACCACCUGGAGGCUGCAAACCCCGAGGGCUGCACCCAGUGCUUCUGCUACGGCCACUCCGCCACGUGCCACAGCUCCGGGGACUACAGCCUGUACAGGGUCAGCUCCACCUUCCAGCAGGAUGCCGACGGCUGGAGGGCAGAGCAGGGCAGCGGCGGGCGGGCCGCCUUGCAGUGGUCCCAGCGCCACUGGGACGUCUUUGCCUCCUCGAGGCGGGGAGAGCCCAUCUACUUCGUAGCUCCCGCCAAGUUUCUCGGCAACCAGCAGGUCAGCUAUGGGCAGAGCCUGUCGUUCGCUUACCGUGUGGAUCGCGGGGGCAGACGCCCGUCGGCCCACGACGUCAUCCUGGAAGGGGCCGGGCUUCGGGUCACGGCCCCCCUGAUGUCCCCGGGGAGGACAUUGCCUUGUGGGAUCACCAAGACCUACACCUUCAGGCUGAAUGAGCACCCGAGCAGCCACUGGAGCCCGCAGCUGAGUUACUUCGAGUUCCGGCGUCUGCUGCGGAAUCUCACGGCCCUGCGCAUCCGGGCGACCUUUGGUGAAUACAGCACCGGCUACCUGGACAACGUGACGCUGGUCUCGGCCCGGCCCGUGUCGGGCGCGCCGGCUCCCUGGGUGGAGCAGUGCGCGUGCCCCGCCGGGUACCGGGGCCAGUUCUGCCAGGACUGCGCCCCCGGCUACAAGCGGGACUCGGCCCGGCUGGGCCCCUUCGGCUCCUGCGUCCCCUGUGACUGCCAGGGCGGAGGCACCUGCGACCCCGACACAGGCGACUGCUACUCGGGGGACGAGAACCCUGACGUGGAAUGUGCCGACUGCCCCGUGGGCUUCUACAACGACCCCCACGACCCCCGCAGCUGCAAGCCGUGCCCCUGCCGCCCCGGCUUCAGCUGCGCGGUGAUGCCCGAGACGGAGGAGGUGGUCUGCCACAGCUGCCCACCCGGGGUCACAGGCGCCCGCUGCGAGCUCUGUGCCGACGGCCACUUUGGGGACCCCCUCGGGGAGCGGGGCCCCGCCCGGCCGUGCCAGCUGUGCGACUGUAACCACAACGUGGACCCCAGCGCCUCGGGCAACUGUGACCGCCUCACGGGCCACUGUCUCAAGUGCGUGCACAACACGGCCGGCCCCCACUGCGGCCAGUGCAGAGCCGGCUACUUUGGGGACCCCCUGGACCCCAACCCGGAGAACAAGUGUCGAGCAUGCGGCUGCAACCCCACGGGCUCGGAGCCCGUGCCGUGUCGCCAGGACGGCAGCUGUGUGUGCAAGCCGGGCUACCAGGGGCCCCGGUGCGAGCUGGCGGCGCUGACCAGCUGCCCCGCCUGCUACAGCCGCGUCACCAUGGAGCUGGACCAGUUCACACAGCAGCUGCAGGGCCUGGAGCGGCUGGUGUCGGCGGCUCAGGCGGGUGGCGCCAUGCCCAGUGCAGAGCUGGAGAGCAGAAUGCAGAGGGCCGAGCAGGCCUUAAGGGACAUGCUGGGAGAAGCCCAAGUCUCAGAAGGUGCCCUCCGGACCCUCCACCAGCAGCUGGCCACGGCCCGGAGCCAGGGGAACAGCUUCCGGGAGCGUCUGGACGAGCUGCAGCGGGCGGCUGAGCGUGUACGGGCCCUGAGCGGCCAGUACCGGCACCGCGCCCAGGACGCCCACCGGCUCGUCUCCCAGCUGCAGCUGAGCAUGCAGGAGAGCGAGGCCGCCCUGCGGGGGGCGAACAUCCUCCCCGCCGACCGCUAUGAGGGGCCGAACGGCUUGAAACAUCUGGCGCAGGAGGCCACGAGGCUGGCGGACAGCCACGAGGAGGCGGCCAGCAACAUAGAGCGGCUGACCCAGGAGGCCGACGGCUACUCGACCCAGGCGCUGUCUCUGGCUCGUCAGGCACAGCAGGGCGGCGGGGGUGCAGACGGGGACCUGGAGGGGCCCCUGGUGCAAGGGCUCCGGGGAAGGCUGGAGAAGGCCGAGGCCCGAGCCCAGCAGCUGACGCGGGCGGCUGCCCACGCCACAGCAGAGGCGGACGGUUCUUAUCAGCAGAGCCUACGGCUCUUGGAGGCGGCCGCGCAGCUCCAAGGGGCCACCGGCCAGUCGUUCCAGGCGGAACUGAAGAGACUCCAGCAAGGCUCGGAUGCUCUCUCCAGCCUGGUGUCGCGGCAGACUGACGAGUUCAACCGCGUGCGCCAGGACCUGGGCAGCUGGGAGGAGGCAGCCCGCCGGCUCCUGCAGGAUGGGAAGGACUCGCGCCAGAAGUCGGAGCAGCUCCUCUCCCGCGCCAACCUGGCCCACACCCGGGCCCAGGAGGCCCUGAGUCUGGGCAACGCCACCUUCUAUGAAGUCGAGGGCAUCCUGAAGAACCUCCGAGAGUUCGACCUGCAGGUCGGGGACAAGAGGGCGGAGGCGGAGGAGGCACUGCGGAGGCUGGGCCUGGUCAGCCGGAAGGUGGCGGCCGCCAGCGACAGGACCGAGCAGGCCGAAGGGGCCCUGGCUGGGGCCGUCGCCGACACCCAGCGGGCGAAGCUGGCAGCCGCCGAGGCCCUGGAGAUCGCAGGCAGGAUGGAGCAGGAAAUGGGGAGCCUGAACUCGAAGGCCAACGUGACAGCGGAUGGCGCCCUGGCAUUCGAGAAGGGGCUGGCCACGCUGCGGGGGGAGCUGAGGGACGCGGAAGGCGUCCUGGACGGCCGGGGGCAGGCGCUGGAUGCGGGGGCGGACACCGUGCAGAGGGUGAUGAACGAGGCCCAAAGGGCGGAGACAAGGGCCAGAAGCGCCGGUGCCGCCGUCCAGGACACGCUGGACGCACUGGACAGUAUCCUACAGCUGAUAGACCAGCCCGGCGGCGUGGACGAGGAGCGCCUGGUCCAGCUGGAGCUGAAGCUGUCCCGGGCCAAGGCGCAGGUCCAGACCCAGCUGCGGCCGCUGAUGGCGGAGCUGGAGGAGCGGGCCCGGCGGCAGAGCGGGCGGCUGAGCUCGCUGGAGCACAGCAUCGACACCGUGCUUGCCGACGUCCGCAACCUGGAGCACAUCCGGGACCACCUGCCCCCCGGCUGCUACAACACGCAGGCGCUGGAGCAGCACUGAGGCAGCGAGGGCCGGCUGCUCGCCGGAGACACCUCAGAGUCUUCCCCGGCUGGGAAGCAAGCAGCCCUCUGGGUGGGGGGCCCGGGGAGGGCUGACCAGGUCCCUCGAGGGCUCACGGGAUUGACGGACUCACUGCUCGGGCAUUUGCGCUUCCAGGAAGUCCGUCAAUGCAUGGGGGGGCCACAAAGAUGGCCCAAUGGUUAGUGCACAUGCCUGACACGUGGCCAAGCCGCCGCCCCCACUCCAGGGGGGGUUCCCCUGAGCCCCACUAGGAGUGAUCUCUGAGCUCAGAGCCAGGAGUCAGCCCUGUGGUUCCACCCCCACCACCCCCGCCUUCCCCUCAAAAAUUAAUAAUAAUAAUAAUAAUAGUAAUAAAAGGGAAAAAAAAGGAAAGGAGCGGGGUCCAGAAGUACGGCUACUUGGUGCUAAGUGAGCCCCCGAGUCCUGGGAGAAUAAUGGCGAUUCUAUUUAUUUUUAGUUUUGAAACUCGGUCCAGGUGCCGAGUUCUCCCUUAAGUCAGAGCCGGGCGUCUCGGGCGAGGGAGAAAAACCAACUCAGGCGUCUCCGGCCCGCUGCCCUCUGUCUGCCCAGCUGGCCAGCCCCCGCCCCGUCCCCCAGCUGGCAGGCACGGGCAGUGAGGGGUGGGUGAGGGGGCGGGUGUGAGGCUGGUGCCCUGCGGGGCCUUCUGGCCUCAUGCCCAGGAAACCGUGCCAGCGUCUUAGGUGAGAAGCUGGGGGCCAGAGCCAUAGCACAGCGGGGAGGGCGUUGGCCUGGCACUCGGCCGACCCGGGUUCGAUCCCCAGCAUCCCCUAGGGUCCCCCGAGCACCGCCAGGAGUGAUCCCUGAGCACUGAGCCAGGGAGUCAGCCCUGAGCAUCGCCAGAGUGACCUUCCCCCCUAAAAAAAAAAAGUCAGAAUAGGGAAAGGAAGGAAUAGCGGCAUAGUUUAAUGCUUCCCAGCUCAGGAUGUCUUCCCCACCCCCGGCCCUUGGUCCCUCUUUCCCAGGAAUGUUGCACGCACCCCCUCCGCACCCCCACACCUCCCAGGGUGCACUUUGGGUUUCGGCCACACCCAGCUGACCCCGGUUUGUGCCUCCAUCCAGCUGUCAGCCCUCCCUGCUCUGCCAGUGGUCAGGGCAUGCGAGCUCCGGCGGAAAUUGCUGGAAAACCCUAGAAAUUUCUGGAAAACCCCAGAAAGUUCUGAAAAAAAAAACAGAAAUUUCUGGAAAAAAUCCAGAAGUGCCGGCAGCUGAGCCAAGAACCCACCCCCUCAGUUUCCACUUUUUUUGUUAUUGUUCUUUGGAGGGACUCACACCCAGCAGUGCUCAGACAUCACUCCUGGCAGGGGACCCUGUGGGAUGCCGGGGAUCCACUCCCCCAUGUCUUUCUAAAUAAAGAGCAAUCCUUCUUUGGGGGCCGAAACAGGUUCUAAUUUAUUGAUCUCUGAGCCUAAGGUGGGCACCCCAAAGCGGUGGCGAGAAAGGGCAGAGGACUCAGGGCUGGCUCUGCGCUCAGUGCUCACUCCUAGCGGGGCUCGACUGGGAUGCUGGGGAUCUCUCCAGCCAGAGCACUGUUGGACCCACGCUCUCUCUCUCCGGCCCCACCUUUCCCGGCCAUGAGACUUUGGCAGUUCAAUGGGGAGAUCGUGAAUAUGUUUGGCUUUUAACAUCUGGUAGCACCGUCCCACUGUCAGUUCAUCAAUCGGCUCGAGCGGGCGCCAGUCACGUCUCCAUGGUGAGACUUGUUGUGACUGUGUUUGGCAUCUCGAAUACGCCACGGGGAGCUUGCCAGGCUCUGCCGUGUGGACGGGAUCCUCUCGGUAGCUUGCCGGGCUCUCUGAGAGGGGCUGAGGAAUCGAACCCAGGUUGGCCGCGUGCAAGGCCGACGCCCUCCCCACUGUGCUAUCGCUCCAGUCCCAACACCUGGUAUAAAAUAAAAAUAAA